UUUCUCGCUGAUCAUUCUCUCACGCGCAUACUUUCUAUUCCUGUUCUCAAUCCCUUCAUCUCCUUCAUGCAUGUUCAUAAGCCUAACCACGUGAGAAUCAAUUCGUCAUAAUGAAUUAUACUGCACUCAUUGAAAACACAAUAUGCUAUCCCUUGGAUAGCCGCCAGUACAAAGGAAUGUUCUAUGGCGACAGUCCUUUCUCCUUCGAUACCCCCCGCUUGCUCUUUCAGCUUUCACUUUGUGCUCUUCUCACCGCUAUCAUUCAGGUCUUGUUGACGCCCCUCGGCCAGAGUGUUUUCAUUUCACAAGUGCUGGCAGGUGUAAUAUUGGGGUCAUCUUUUCUGGGAAGCAACGAAGCAUUCAGUAAAAUGGUGUUCCCAACUUCAAGCUUUUAUGUUGUUGAUACAUUCGCAUACUUUGGUGUAAUGUUGUUUCUGUUUAUCAUUGGUGUGAAAACCGACAUGAGUCUUGUAAGAAAAUCAGGAAAGAAAGCAGUGGCAAUAGGCAUUUGUUCAUUCUCAAUACCCCUCAUACUCAAUAUCAUGCUCGGUCAGUUCCUAAUAUUUUCUACCCCCAUGGAACCAAUGCUUCACAGGUCGAUAGUAUGGAUCGCGCCGUUUCAAGCAUUGAGUUCAUUUCAUGUCAUCGUUUGUCUUCUAGCUGACCUAAACCUUAGGAACUCAGAAUUGGGCAGGCUAGCCAUAUCUUCAUCCUUGAUUAGUGGCCUUUGCAGUUGCAUUUGGACAUUCAUACUCUUCAUAGGAAAGCUAGGUGUAAGUACAAAAAACCAGCAGCAUUACUCUCUAAUGGCGUUAUCCGCUACCAGUGUCAUGGUGCUCUUCUCUUUGUUUGUCUUUCGUCCCUUAAUUCUUUGGAUGACUCGACGUACAAGUAAUGCAAAAUCACUAAAGGAGAGCUAUGUCUGUACCAUCUUUAUCAUAGUACUGGGGUCUGCAAUAUUUGGCGAGUUAUUUGGGAUACAUUUUCUAUUUGGGCCGAUGAUUUUAGGGAUCGUAAUACCCGACGGACCUCCUUUAGGCUCGGCCUUAGUCAAUAAGCUCGAGUGUUUCAUCUCCUCUAUUAUCUUGCCGAUUUAUUUUGUUGUUAGUGGUGCGAAAUUGGAUUUGUCAGCCAUAUCGCUCAGGAACUUUGCCAUUAUUCAGUUACUAGCAUUUUUUGCAUUAUUAUGGAAAAUAGUUGCGGUUAUGUUGCCUUCAGUGUACUGCAAAAUGACUCUCAUUGAUGCCCUCUACCUUGGACUCAUAAUGGGCAACCAAGGCAUCAUCGAGGUGUUACUUCUGGGAAAAGCACAAACGCUUCAGCUCAUUGACAAACAAUCAUACAGUAUCAUGGUUCUAUCAAUAGUUCUGUUCACAGGAAUACUUGCUCCGAUAGUGAAAUUUUCUUACAAGCCACUGGAAAGAUAUACGGGCAGUAAAGGGAUGACAAUCCAGUAUGCCAAUCCUUUCGUUGAGCUCCGGUUACUUGCAUGCAUGCACUAUGAGGAGCAUACUCCUUCUGUGAUCAAUCUUUUUGAGGCCUCCUAUCCGAAUCCUAAAAGCCCGAUUUGCUUUUAUGUCAUCCGUUUUCUUGAGCUAGCAGGUAGAAGUGCUCCAGUUCUUAUGGCUCAUCACCCUGGUAUGAGGAAUCCAUUCAUGUCACAUGAAUCUGAGCCCAUAAUUAAUGCUCUCAAAUUGUUUGAGAGUGAAAAGAAAGGUCAUGCCACAGUCUACCCUUUCACAGCCAUAUCGCCUUACGCAGAGAUGCAUGACAGUGUCUGCUCUUUAGCAGCAGAGAAGAAGGUGUCUUUAGUGAUUGUGCUCUUUCAUAGACACCCACACAUCCAUGUUAGCAAAGGGGAGUCCACUGCUAUAAGGGUUGUGAACCACAACAUAAUCAAAAAAUCACCAUGCUCAGUUGGGAUUUUAGUAGAUUGUGGGGCAAUGAAUUACAGCGUUCCCAUCUUGUCACGGGCAUGUGUAUAUCGCAUUGGAAUGUUUUUCUUAGGCGGGUCGGAUGAUCGAGAAGCAUUAGCCUAUGCGCGUCGCAUGGGCCAACAUCCCAACGUACAUCUCACUCUUGUCCACUUUGUGGAUGCUGAUAUCAACGCUGCCUAUUCAAGUGACAUGGAGCAAGACCUACAUAUAGUAAACGAGUACAGAGAUAUUGACAUGAUGAACCAACGAUGUCUAUAUCGGGAAGAGUUGGUGAAAGAUAGCUUCGGAGUUGUUAGUGUCAUCAGAAGGAUGACAAGCUGUUUUGACUUAAUACUGGUCGGAAGACAACACAACAAUGAUUCGCCAUUGUUGGCCGGGAUUAGUGAUUUUAACGAGUUUCCGGAGUUAGGGUGUUUAGGAGAUAUGAUUGUAUCAUCCGAUCCAACUAGAAAAGUAUCUGUAUUAGUUGUACAACAAGCAUUAUCCAGUGAAAGCAAAAUGGGAGAUCCUGAAUUUAUUAGAGAAAGCUCAUAUGUUCUGCCAAACAUGCAAUAUACUGACGGUAAUGUUAAAGUAGUGACCGGCAUGCCAAUUAGAGUGUAGGAUGCUAGUUAGGUUGCCCGAUGUCAUAUCAUGUUGUAAAAUAUUUUUAUUCAUUUCACAUCAAUAUAUUUUAGUAUUUCUCGUU